AGGGACAUGGGAACGUAGUAUUCCAUGCAGGUCGGUGCGAUUUCGUGCCAGGGGAAUUUUUCCCUGGAAAACGGGGAACUUAUCGUAAUGUUUACGUUCUUUUGACAAAACUCGCAUGUAAACACAAAUGUUAAAAUUGAGGAGAAAUUAAUACUUUUCUUGAGCCACUGCUACUAAUAGCUUGUAAAAAUGAGCACUGACGAGCCACCAAAAAAGAGAUAUAGACGGGUUGAGGAAGACGAAAAGAAUAACUCAGAUUCUGAUGAUAAUUAUGUUCCCUAUGUCCCAGUUAAGGAAAGGAAAAAGCAGCAGUUGAUGAAGCUAGGUCGAAUAGGCCAGCUUAAAGAGGCAGAACAUAAUAAACCAAAAUCAUCCAGUGAAAAUGAAACAAAUGAGGAUGAUGAAGAAGAAGAUGAAAUAUGGGGGAGAAAGAACAAUAUUCCAUUGCUGGAUCAACACACCGAGCUCCGGAAACUGGCAGAAGCAAAAAAGGUCAGUGCUGUAGAAAGGCAACUGAAAAAGGAAGAAGAAAUCUUGGAGAUUGUUGCUGAGAAAAAAGCUCUUAUGGGUGUGUCAGAGUUGGCUAAGGGAAUUCAGUAUUGUGAACCUAUCAAAACUAGUUGGAGACCACCAAGGUAUGUGCUGGAAAUGCCACCAAGCAGAUAUGAAAAACUUAGAAUAGAACUGAGGAUCUUAGUAGAAGGGGAAGAUAUUCCGCCACCGCUGAGGUCAUUCAAAGAGAUGAAGUUACAUGGAGGUAUCAUUGCAGCAUUGAAGGAAAAACACAUCAAAAAACCUACUCCCAUACAAAUCCAGGGUAUACCAACAGUUAUUUAUUCCAGAUUAUCAGGAAGAGACAUGAUUGGGAUAGCAUUCACAGGAUCUGGUAAAACACUGGUUUUUGUCCUACCCCUUAUAAUGUUCUGUUUGGAACAAGAAGUAAAACUUCCCUUCACCAAAAAUGAGGGUCCUUAUGGGCUCAUUAUUUGCCCGUCUAGAGAACUUGCUAAACAGACAUAUGAUAUCAUCCAAUACUAUUGUGAUAGCUUAAGGAAAUACAAUAUGCCACAAAUCAGAACAUGUCUUGCUAUUGGUGGAGUUCCAGUCACAGAAUCUAUAGAAAUUAUACAAAGAGGAGUCCAUAUAAUGGUGGCCACACCUGGAAGGCUUAUGGACAUGCUAGAGAAAAAAAUCGUGAAACUGUCAGUCUGUCGAUACUUGUGUAUGGAUGAAGCAGACAGAAUGAUAGAUCUUGGAUUUGAAGAAGAUGUCAGGACGAUAUUUUCAUACUUCAAUGGUCAAAGGCAAACUUUGCUAUUUUCAGCUACUAUGCCAAAGAAGAUUCAAAAUUUUGCCAGAUCUGCUUUGGUUAAGCCUAUUACAAUAAAUGUUGGGAGGGCUGGUGCUGCUUCGAUGAAUGUCAUACAGGAAGUGGAAUAUGUGAAACAAGAAGCUAAAAUUGUAUAUCUACUGGAAUGCCUGCAAAAAACACCACCUCCAGUUCUAAUAUUCGCCGAGAAGAAACAAGAUGUGGACGCUAUCCAUGAGUACCUUCUACUAAAAGGUGUUGAAGCUGUAGCUAUUCAUGGUGGAAAAGACCAGGAAGAAAGAUCUAGAUCAGUUGAAGCAUUCAGAAGGCAAGAAAAAGACGUAUUAGUGGCAACUGAUGUAGCAUCCAAAGGUUUAGACUUUCCAGACAUUCAGCACGUCAUAAACUAUGACAUGCCAGAUGAUGUUGAAAAUUAUGUCCACAGGAUAGGGCGUACCGGAAGAUCAGGAAAUAAAGGAUUAGCGACCACCUUCAUAAACAAAUCGAAUGAUGAAUCAGUACUGCUAGAUCUCAAACAUUUAUUGAUAGAAGCAAAACAAAAGGUGCCACCGUUUCUCGCUGAACUUUGCUCUGAAAGUGAAAAAUAUUUGGCUCUUGGAGGAGAACAUGGUUGUAGUUAUUGUGGCGGCUUGGGUCACAGGAUCACUGACUGUCCAAAGUUAGAAGCAUUACAAAACAAACAGGCGUCAAAUAUUGGAAGAAGAGAUUAUCUGGCGAAUACAGCCGCAGAUUAUUAAUUUAUUGUACACUAUAUAAUUCUUAAGUAUAGGCUCAAUAAAAAAUAGUAUCAAGUGU